AUGCAGAACGUGGGUAAUAGUCGGCGGCGAGAGCAAGUCCCUCGCCAUGGACUGUCAAUGUUGUCGCUGUACAACGAGGCACCGUUGGUGGAGGUUUCGCUGGAGCAAUUCGAGGAGUUCGCCAUUGACCGACUGCAUGUACUCAAGGCGGUGGAGAACUAUCGCCUGCGCAGCGUGCAGAUGAAGGAUCGUGAGGGUCGUCUAGAGAAAACGCUCAACAAGCACAUGCCGCUGCGCUCAGCUGCCCCUAGACGCACGGGCCAGGCAGAGGACGACGCGGCCAAGGACGUGCUGUCCCAUUUCUUUCUCCGCAUGGCUUUCUGCCAGACAGAAGAGCUGCGUCGAUGGUUCCUCACACAAGAGAGCACACUCUUCCGUUAUCGCCUAGAUAAGUUGACAAGGGAGGAGAAGAUACAGUUUAUGAAGCAAAAUGGACUAUCGUACGAGGAGGCGACGAUGAAAGAGAUUGAGGCGAGGCAGAGCAAGCUGAAGGUUGUAAGGGACGCGAAUGAUCCCAAGGUUCGCGGUAAGCCGCUGCCAGCGUACUUCAAGGUCCCCUUCACAGAGGCUUUGGACCUGGUUGCUACUCGACGAGUGUAUAUUGAGGCCGUCAUUCGCUUU